AUGUUGCGCUCAACUCUCCUUCUCGCCCUCGCGGGCCUGACAAUCGCAACAGACAGCGUCUACUUCAGCACCACCAAAGCAGACAAGAAAGGCCUCCCUCUUCUCUCUGGCUUUACUCCCCGUCCCCAAUUCCUCAGCAUGGCGGCAGGGAGUUGCGAAGGAAUCACGAAUCCAUGUGGCAACAGCUGCAUCGAAGCCAGCAGCGAGUGCUGUAGCACUAUAUCCGGAACAUACUGUGAAGAUGGCUACCGCUGCCAAUCUACCGGUUGCUGCGAGGAUGGAAAGCUUUGCUCUGGUCCACCUACUGGCUGCACAAAGGGCAAAGAGAUGUGUGGCCAGUUUUGUAUCCCUGAGGACGGAAAGUGCUCUUCCGGAGGCUCAUCCGGUGGAAGCAGCGGUGGCUCCUCAGGCGGUUCUUCUGGUGGUUCCUCAGGAGGUUCUAGUUGCUUGAGCUUCGAAGAGACCUGUGGUGAUGGCUGCAUGCCAAAGGGUAUGGUCUGCUGCGACUCCGGAUACUGCCUCAGUGGCCAGACAUGCACUUCUGAUGGAAAAUGUCGAUCUGGCUCCAGUAGUGGCGGUGGUAGCUCUGGUGGCUCAUCAAGCGGCAGCUGUGCCAGCUACCAAGAAACUUGCGGCGACGCUUGCAUGCCUAAGGGAAUGGUCUGCUGCGGCAAGGGAUACUGCUUGUCAGGACAGACCUGUUCCAGCGACGGUACAUGCAGAUACAGUUCCAGUGGUGGUGGAAGCAGCGGUGGUUCAAGCGGCGGCAACGACGAUGAUGAUGACAAGGCUACCUUUUCUCGAGAAUCUGCCACACGCACUUUCGACUCUCCAUCUUUCACGGCCCCCUCGAUCGAACCCGUCCCUACCAUCGAUGAUACUUUCCCUACCUUUAGCUCCCAACCCAUUCCCACUGGCCCAAGAGCUGGUGGUGACGAUGGAGACAGCAGUGGUAGCAGCAGCAGCGGUGGUGGUGGAAGCAACGGUGGUUUCAUUGUUCUGCCUAGCAUGUUCAUGGGUGCUAUUGCUCUGAUUCCUCUUCUUCUUUGA